AUGGCCAGCGCAGCGAGGGAACUGGUUAUCCAGCGGUUGAGUCUGGUGAGGAGUCUGUGUGAAAGUGAGGAGCAGCGGUUACUGGAGCAGGUGCAUGGUGAGGAGGAGCGGGCCCACCAGAGUAUCCUUACACAGCGAGUACACUGGGCCGAGGCACUGCAGAAGCUCGACACCAUCCGCACCAGCCUGGUGAGCACGCUCACCCACCUGGACGACCUCCAGCUGAUUCAGAAGGAGGAGGAGAUUUUCGAGAAGGCCGAGGAAGCAGAGGGCAUUUUGGAUCCCCAGGAAUCGGAAAAGUUAAACUUUAAUGAGAAGUGCACUCGGAGUCCACUACUGACCCAACUCUGGGCCACAGCGGUUCUUGGGUCCCUCUCAGGCACAGAGGACAUACGUAUUGAUGAGCGGACCGUCAGCCCCUUGCUGCAAUUGUCAGAUGACCGAAGGACCCUGACCUUCAGCACCAAGAAGUCAAAGGCCUGUGCAGAUGGCCCGGAACGUUUUGACCACUGGCCCAAUGCCCUGGCUGCCACCUCCUUCCAGGCCGGGCUCCACGUCUGGAUGGUGAAUGUCCGGAACAGCUGUGCCUAUAAAGUGGGUGUGGCCUCAGGCCAGCUACCCCGCAAAGGUUCUGGCAGUGACUGCCGUCUGGGCCACAACAUCUUCUCCUGGGUCUUUUCCCGCUAUGAUCAGGAGUUCCGUUUUUCACACAAUGGCCAGCAUGAGCCCCUGGGUCUGUUGCGGUGCCCGGGCCAAUUGGGCGUGCUGCUGGACUUGCAGGCCCAGGAGCUGCUCUUCUAUGAGCCGGCCUCAGGCACGGUGCUCUACACCCACCAUGCUUCCUUCCCUGGGCCCCUCUUCCCAGUCUUUGCUGUGGCUGACCAGACCAUUUCCAUCGUCCACUGACUUCUGGCCACAGGGAGGCCAAGUACACCUCCCCACUACCCUUUUAGGCCACAUCUCUACCAAGUGUAGUAUGGUGCUUCUAAGGGAAAUGGGGCCUGUGCCCAAUGGGCAGCUUUAGGAGGGGUGGAGAUCUAUUUCAGAUCUGGAUGCAACCUUUAAAUGCUGGGAAUAUGUGGGAAACCUGCUACUCCCAGGGCCUUAGUCUCCCGGUCCACCACACAUCUGCCCCACUGAGGGUAUCCUGUUUACCACUUUACCUUGGGCAUCCAGCAUGGUGCCUGGUGCACAGUCAGUGUGCAGUACAUCAUUUGGCAUAUGAGCGGAUGAAUGGAUGGACAGACGGACAGGUGGAUGGGUAGGUGGGUGGAUGGUCAAGUGGCUGGGUAGAUCUGGUGGACUCUGGCAAAGCACUGCCUUUUAGCCCCAUGCCUCCAGCGUCCUGGAGAAGUGGUUCCCUCGCAGAGAAGGUUGGGGCCAAAGCUUCUUCAUCCUAUCAGUUCAGUGCAUCUCCAUCUUUUUCAUGACAUGGCACAUAGAAUAUCUAGCACACAGGGAAAACCUGGAAGAGAUUUAGAACUCCUGUCAGGCUACUCCUGGCCAGAGGACUCUGGCCUUGGGGGGUUGUGCUGCCCCCUUUCCCUGACCCCAAGUCUUGGCUAGGCAUGCAUACCAAGGGAUCAUAUCUUCCGGUAUCCUGACAGCAAUACAGCCAUCGGCUUCUGUCUCGGACCUGGCAGCUGAGCUUCAGCCCAUGCCCAGUGGUGAUAACAGGGAUGAACUCUUCCCCCUUCUGCAGCCGAUGAGUGUUCACACCUGAUGGCCCCCUCUGACAUGACAUGGAGGCCCAGGGUGAGGGCUUCAAGCCAGCAAGAACUGAGGGAGUAAGAGAGCCAGCCUUAGAGGACACAUACACUAUUAAAGAUCCUAAAAGAU